ACUCAGCAACCGCCCCGUCGCUCACCUGGCUCCCCCAGUUCCGCGCCGGACCAGAGAAGGAGCGGCUCUGAUGAGCGGGAGUGGGCGUUGAAUCACAGCCAGUGACUCAGCCCUCCAGCCAGCCCCCGUCUGCCCGCUCGCGGUGGACUUCCCUGGGGGCCGGCGCUUAUAACUUUGGCACAUUCGCGGUUCUCUCACAGAGUUCCCUCCUAAGCCUUUGCGCCUCUGCCUACCUGAGCACCGACUUGCCCCCAUUUCUCUCUCUCCUACGUUUUACCCAGCGCUAGGGCGAGAUGGCGGCAGCAGCAGCAGCAGCCGCCUCCGGUAGCCAAGCGUUGCUCCUGUGCGCCCUGCUUCUCCAGCUCCGACCCAGCUCAGGUUACUCUGAAAUACCAACAGCAGUUAAUAUUACUUGGUCGUCCAUCAAUUUUAAGACAGUACUAGAAUGGGAGCCCAAGCCAUCAAAUUAUUUUUACACUGUUGAAAUAGAUGGACCGUCAGACCGGAAGAAAGCAUGUAUUCAUUUUGCACGGACAGAAUGUGAUGUUACUUACCUUCUGGAAAAUCCAAAAGAUACCUACACUGCCCGUAUAUUGUCUGAAACACCACUAAUGGAUAACGGUGAUUCUGACCACCCUCCUUAUGCAACCUCUCCAACAUUUAUACCGUACGUUCAAACUAUGAUUGGAAUGCCAACUAUCAAAAAGUUUGAACAAAAAAAUGACAUUUUGAAAAUUGUGGUAGAAGAUCCGUUAACACCCUACAGAUUUAAAAAUUCUAGCUUUAAAACCAUAAGAGAUAUUUUUAAAGAUGAGCUGGAAUACACACUGUACUACUGGAAAGAUAAAAGUACAGGAAGGAAAGAAGCAAAGACAAGAAGCAAUGAGUUUACAGUCAACAUCGACAAAGGGAAGAAUUACUGCUUCUAUGUUCAGGCUUUUAUUUUGUCACGCACAGAGAACCGUAAAGGUGAAAAAAGCUUUGACAAAUGUACCACUGUGGACAAAGCAUCACUGGAUGAUUUUGAGCUAGAAGGAAUGCUUGUAAUUGGAGCUGCAGCUGUUGGAGUCUUCAUAUUAUUUAUUAUUUCAUGUGUGGUUGUUUAUAAAUGCAAAAAGUUCAAAGCUGCUGAAAGGGAAAAAGAGAAUGCGCCACUGAAUGCGUAAGGCAAAAGAACACAAGUUGAGUUUGUUACUGCUGCAUAAUGUUGUAAGAAAACCUCCAAGGUUCGUGGGAGCACUGACUUUUAAAACAAGGGACAUUUGCUGUUUCUGUGAAACAGUUUCAGUACAGCUGACACUUCACUGAAAGCCUGUUUUAUUCUGACAGCGACAACAAUGAGAACUGAUGGUAUACAUUAGCUGACAAAUACACUGAAAAUACUACUGUUUCUUCUGCACUUUUGGAAAACGUUUGGGUCAAAAGAUCUGGGUAUGUUACUUGAUAUGGGUUUAACAGCCUCAGAGAUGUCAUUCAAGGUGCAAGUCAACAUGAAAGAUCAGAGCACAUCAGUUCCAGGUACUUAUAAUCAGCAUCUAGGUUACAGAUUCCUACUGACUUCUUUCAAACUGACUUUUGGAAACUUUAACUUGCAUUAUUGACAACAACCUUGAAUUAACAGGUAUGAGUCCUAUACAUAUUCAUUAUGUAUCAGGAUUUAGCACUUUAAAUAUAUAUUAACUGCUGGACAGGUACCAAACUUCUAAAUUGACAUAUGUCUGUAUAUUUGUGACUGAGGUUUCACAUGUUACUGUAAUCAAUGUUAAUAUAUUUAUGAUUUUUACAAAUAGGUGUAUAAUUUUAUAUUUGUAAAUAUUGACAGUAACUUAUUUCAUAUACUUUUAUGGAAAUAAAGGUGAAGGAGAAUA